AUGGAUAAAACCAAUAGCUUGUGGCUUGGUCGUUCGGAUGGUCAGCAGCGGGAUGUGACGGAUGGAGGAUCUUGGUCUUCUCAAAAGUAUUCAAAACAGGUUGGGCUGGAUUCUUACUUCUCUAUCUGUGAAUCGGGUUCUGUCACCAGUGUCUGUAAGUGUCAAGAAACUAUGGGCUGGAUUCUUAGUUCUCUAUCUGAAUCGGUUCUGUCACAAGUUGUUGGUGUCAAAACUACUCACGAAGCUUGGACUCGGCUUCAAACAAUUUAUGCCUCUGGCUCUAGAGCACAAAUUCAUGAUCUCAUCGAUCAUAUUUUAAGGGGGCUAGGUCCCGAUUGCAGACCUUUCACUCGAAAUGUUGAAGCAAGACUCACAUCAAUUUCAUUUGAUGAUCUCUUUGGCUUGUUAUUAUCCGAAGAAAUGCAGAUUCAAAGUUCUAAUACCUCACUUACUACACUAGCAGUUGCUCACUUUACCCAUCGCCAGUCAUCUCGUGGAGGUUAUAGAGUAAGGGGACGAGGUGGCCAGCGAGGAGGCUAUCAAUCCAAUGGAGGUCGUGGAAGAAAUCAAAAUUCAGAGACUUAUUGUCCUACCUAUUACAAUUGUGGAGGCAGUGGUCACACUUCCAAUGUUUGCCCCAGUCCUAAAAUCACCAACCAAAAUACCAAACCUGCCAGCAACUACUCUUCUUCACCAACUCCAUCCAAUAAGCCGUGGAUUGUGGACAGUGGAGCAACCCAUAGCAAACCCAAUCAAUCUCACCAUAUCUGA